AUGGAGCGAAGAUAUCCCCCACUCCGCCCUUUGGCUCCAGCCGCUGAAAGCGACAGCAAGAGCCUGUCCUCGGGAGCUUUGGAGUACAAGAGACGGCGGGUUGGCGUCUCGGUGGCGUGCAACACCUGCCGGCGGAGGAAAAUCAGGUGCGACGGCCAGCGUCCUACUUGCACGAAUUGCCGGGACCAAGUCUCGCAAUGCGAGUAUCGGGAUGAUGCGCCCCUGUCCGACGAGUCUAAGAAGCUCGUGUUCGAAAUGGUCAAAAUCCUCAACACGCUCCCUGCAGCUGAGUUGAUUCGGAUCAUGCCUUCCCUAGGGGAGGAGACUGAGGCUUCAACUAUACUUUCUAUACUCAGAGGCGAUCCCACCAGCUAUCAACAAUCCAAGGCCUCCACCACGACUGGUGGCACCUUCGAGAAUGUCGAGCUGGCGGCUCAGUGUCCCUUUGCCUAUCCAGUCUUAAAGCCUCUUGACCCGAAAACGCUCCAGAGCGAGCGGUAUCGGAGGCCAACCGAGCCCGCAAUAGGGAACGCCCCUACACUGCCCGGCCCACAGCCUGGUAAUCUAACACCCACAACGGAGAGCCAGGAGCCGAAAGUCUCGCCACAACUGUGCGACCCUCGCCUACGGGAACUGAAUAUCCGCCUCUGGACAAACGUCAAUAUAGACAACUACAUGGCUGCCAAGUGCAUUUCUCUGUACCUGGAAACCGACCACCCCUUGCUGGGCCACUUUGACCCCGAACUUUUCGUUUCACACCUGAUUUCCGGGCAGGUUGAGUUUUGUUCUUCACUGCUCGUCAACGCGUUACUAUACUGGGCUUUUCAAAUGUAUAGUGGCAUCGACCCCGAAACAGAGGGUCAGACAACCAGCCUCUGCGCAGAGGCGGAGCGGCUUUGGAACCAGGAACGCAGUAGUAAUAGAGAUUCAAUCCAAACCAUGGCAGCAGCCGAGUUUCUGAGCCUUGGGUACCUGGGCCAAGGCAGAGACCAUAAGAUGUUGGUCUAUCUGUCCGAGGCAACCGACAUGGGUAUCAGACUAGGGCUGUUUGGUGUCAAGAGUCAACCGUCGCCAGACAAGGACAGUGAGCUAUCUGCCGAGGCCCAAGGAGCACGUGGGUAUGCCGCUUGGGGAGUAUUCAACUGGAUAACACUCAUGUCUCUAUUCUAUCACCAACCGGAACUGAAGUGCCCGCAACAUCCGCCGCAGGUGCCUAUACCAGAGAACCAACAGCACAAUGCGGAUUCGGUUGCCGAGGGGCCGCACACACCCGCUAGCUUAGGAUCACAGAACGUUUCCCUUCUCCCUUGGUACAUGGGGCAGACGUUUCCCCACCUCUGCCGCUUUUGGAGCAUUGUACACGAAUUCAAGUUUCGAGAGCUUCUCGCCUGGGGCAACGGGCUUCCCACACAGCUUACACAGAGGGACCAGAGUCCGCACCACGUACAGAUUCUACACCUCUGGUUCCACGCGGCCAUCCUCGACAUCUUCCGUCCAUGCAUCAAGGAGAGCCCAAAGAGCCGUCUGCGAACCUUUGGUCACAUGGGCGGUUCGCCCGAGGCCGUUUCCGCCGCCUCCGUCGCUCAACUGGAGCGACUCAUCUUCGAUUAUCGAUUCAAGUACCAGUCGUCAUCGUACUCGAUCCUGUGGCACAUGGCCUUGUUGUACGUCGCCAAUGCCAUACUUGACGGUGUCAUGGACGAAAACUGGUACUCGUGCCUUCUGCUGUGCAUAUACGGCUACGAGAGCCUGGGGCGGUCAUGGCAGGUUGCCGAGGCCAUCACCAAGGCCCUCCUAUCAAUGAUGCUGCGCAAGAAGGAUGUAUCAAGCGAUGCGGCCCGCCGGAUUCUGCAUGACCUUGAAAACAAGAACUGGGCGCGCAUCCCAGGCAGCAUCCGCGCCACCCUUAUAGCCGAUCCGGAAUUGGCCCCGUUCGAUCCGAGGUCUGCCACCGUGGAAUGCCUCGCGGCGCAGUUUCAAGAGAAUGCCAUGUUGAGAGACUACACCAACAUUCUGGACGAUGACGAGAUUCAGUAG